UCCUUUAUUUUUAACUUUUAUUAUUACAAUCAUCAAUGGAAUAUAUCCGUUUUUUCUUUCACUAUUUUGUUUCCGACGUUUUUUUUUAUUCCAACAUGAAUGGCUAAAUUACACUUUAUUGUGUUUUCCGUUCUACGUACACGUGCAAUCAUAUUAAACUAUUUAUAUUAUCAUUAUAUACUUAAGAUUUUUGCAAUUUUUUGUUGGUUACGCUUGAAUUAUGUUUUGUCGUAAUUUGUUUUUCAUAUUUUCAUAUCCGUUAACUACAACAGAUUAUGUUUGACAUUGAUUCAAUGAAUGAAAUGGCUACCAUUAUGGUUUAAUAUAUUAGAUAGAGAAAACGUAAAUCAACGUGUUAAACCAAAAUCAUGUUCUGUCCAGUUUGCUUUUGAAUGCGAACCUUUUCGCGAUGGCUCUAAUACGAAUUUUCAAUAAGUGUUUCAUCCAUUUGGCCAUUUAUUCAAUUAUUUGUUGUCUCAUCUUUAUGGGAAUCGCCAAUCAAAUUCAAUUGCCAACAUUUGAAGAUCUUGAUAUAAAAGAUUUAAACAUCGAUACCAGUCUAGAUUAUGGUCCCGAUGAUGGUGGUGCAGAAAUUUCUCAACCAGUAGCUGCAUUUACUGGUGCUGACAAAGAUCAUGGAUCAAUGAUGAUUAAAGCUGUCACUUUAAUUCGUGGCCAAGUCAAUGGCAUUGUACGUUUGGUUCAAGUUGGUUCUGGACCAACUCUGGUUUCCGGUAUUGUCAAAGGUCUCUAUCCCUUCUCUAAACACGGUUUCCAUGUCCACGAAUAUCGUGUGACUGGUGAUUGUGAAAGUGCCGGUGAACAUUACAAUCCGACUAGAGAGAAUCAUGGGUCACCAUUUUCUGUACAGUCACAUGUUGGGGAUUUUGGCAAUCUUGUCGCUGAUGGACUUGGAUUCAGCAGAUUUCAUGUGACUAAUCCAAAAUUAUCGUUACGUGGAAAAUAUAGUGUUAUUGAGCGUUCAUUAGUUAUUCAUCAACGACCUGAUGAUCUAGGAAUGGGUUUAAAUCAUGAAAGUCGCAAAACGGGAAAUUCUGGAGGAAGACUUGGCUGUGGUACAAUAAAAUUCGUAAGCAUCGGUUGAAUAUAUAUAUGUUCUGACCAUGAUGUUACAAUACAUUAAAAAUGAAUAUCACAUUCUUGUAUCAAUAUAAAUAAAGUUUGUUUGCAAAAUGCUUA